AUGCACAUUUUCCCGGUUUUAGAACUUCGUCACUGUGAUUUUUCGGAAAGUCUCCCAAUGAGCCUGACCUCCCGAAGUGUGUUCUUUCAACGGUUGACAUCGGUUGGUGUCGUCGUCGGCAGCUCAAGAGGAAUGAGAAAAUACCCAUUCCCGGUGACUUUUGAGAAUGUCACCUUUCCUCCGAAUGGCCAACUGAAACUUCCGAAAAUGCCUGAUGAGCCCUUCUAUGAUCCAGAAAAAGGAGAGAAAAAGUACAAAACUACGAAACGGAUGAUUGAGGCGCGAGGUGUAGAAGAAGUACACACUGAACUCAUACAUGAGCAGUAUGGUUUGGCAGCCAUUUCUGGUGGAUUUAUAUCAGCUGAAGAUUUCAAAUUUGUUCAGGAACGUGUGAAUAAAAAUUUGUUAGAUAAGCAAUUUGCGAUUUGGCGUGUUGAUGCUCCGUGGUUGCCAAGAACGAAGAAAGCUCAAGGAACACGCCUCGGUGGUGGUAAAGGAAGUAUUCAUCAUUAUGUAACACCUGUUAAAGCAAAACGAAUCAUUCUCGAAGUGGGAGGCCAUAUCACUGAAAUUGAGGCUCAAGCGUUCCUGCUUUAUUUAUGUGAGAGAUUCUCAUUUCCCGUGGAAUUUGUUAGCGAGAGGAUUCUGGCGGAAAGGAGGGCUGCCGAAAAAGAAAUAGCUGAACACAACCAAAACCCCUUUAAUUGGGAGCGUGUCUUAAAAUACAAUAUGCAAAAUUGUACAACCAGUGAAAUGGCAUAUGGAGACGAUGAUGUUCUUUCGUUACCGUUUCGUAUAUUUGUGUACAUCGUAGCAGGACUUCCUCUAUCUGCGCUAGUUAUUUGUGUAUUCUGCUCUUUGUUACUGCAUUUUGAACCUGCCACAAGAACUCAUUGCGGUGUCGAAAACUGGCUUCCAUCAAUUUCGGCGGCAGUGUCCACUUACGCACCUGAAGUUUACAUAUGGCGGAUGUUCAUCGCAGUACACGGUGGCCCACGACUUUUUGUGGCUUUCGCACUUAGGAACUAUCUACUGUUUUCACCUCUGCGACCGCUGGCUAGGGCACGCAUAUUCAGGCUUUUAUGCAAUAUUGGAUGUGUCCUUAACUUUCUGGAAAAUCUGUUUCUACUUGGGUUGACUGCUAUUUCAUCAGUUGAGAAUCAUACACUCCACAAACUUUGCUUCAUUGGAUUCGCCAUAUCAGCUACGAUUUACAUGUUGCUUAGUACAUGGCUUUUUCAUUACUCAGGACGUCGCCGUGCAACGAAUCUGGGUGAACGUUCCUACGAAUACAAAAUACUAGCAUGUUCUGUCUCUAUUAUUUCUAUGGUCCUUGCGAUGUAUCUGUACUGGCGACAUAAUGCGUACUGUGAACCUGGAGUUUACACAAUGUUUGCAUUGGCUGAGUAUUGCAUCGUGCUUUCCAACAUUGCUUUCCAUUCAACACUUUAUUAUGAUUUCCAUGGUAAAAGCGUAAUUCUUGCGUCAUCAGUUGGAGUAGGCGCUGGCGGAUACAGUCUUUUACCAACUGUUAUUGAGAAGGAUACGUAA